GCUCUGUGCGGCGCGCGACGUCAUCUCCCCGCGUCGCCCCCAUCUCGGCCGGCUCCCUGGGCGCCGCCAUAUUGCGCGAGGAGCGAGGCCGCCGGACUGGCGGAGCAGAGGGCUGCCGUGUCGCCCACCAUGUCGGAGACCUACGAUUUCCUCUUCAAGUUCCUGGUGAUCGGGAGCGCGGGCACCGGGAAGUCCUGCCUACUGCACCAGUUCAUCGAGAGCAAGUUUAAGCAGGAUUCCAAUCACACUAUUGGGGUGGAAUUUGGAUCAAAGGUGGUGAACGUCGGUGGCAAAACAGUGAAGCUGCAGAUCUGGGACACGGCGGGGCAGGAGCGGUUCAGGUCUGUGACUAGAAGCUAUUACAGGGGUGCAGCCGGGGCACUUUUAGUCUAUGAUAUCACGAGCAGAGAGACCUACAAUGCCUUGACCAACUGGCUAACUGAUGCCCGGACUCUGGCCAGCCUCAAUAUUGUUAUUAUUCUGUGUGGCAACAAGAAGGAUUUGGAGGCUGACCGGGAGGUCACUUUUUUGGAAGCUUCCCGUUUUGCUCAGGAGAAUGAGCUGAUGUUUCUUGAGACCAGUGCCUUGACCGGAGAGAACGUAGAAGAAGCCUUCCUAAAAUGUGCACGGACCAUACUGAACAAAAUUGAAUCAGGCGAGCUUGACCCAGAGAGGAUGGGCUCAGGGAUCCAGUACGGGGAUGUGUCCUUGCGGCAGCUGCGGCAGCCUCAGAGCAGCCAGGCCCGGACUUGGCAGCGGUGCACCUGCUAGGGCCCGGGACCCCACAGGCUGGGAGGUGCUUGCGAGUGCCAGGACUCUGCUGCUCGGAACCCAGGGCUGCAUGAAGCCUCCUCUUCGUCCAGCUCUCCACAGCCACCGGCCCUGUGGGCUGAAGACCCUGCUGCACCUCCACGCUGCUGCCUUCUUCCCCUUCCCUUGCCCCCCGUCUAAGGCGAAAGGUUGUGAGUUCGGCUCUCAGGCUUCCCAGUGGAGGGUUGGCACUAGCAGCUGCAGGUUCUCCUUAGGCCGAUCCCCUUCCCACCCUUGUGCACCCCUGCUCCCCGAAGGGGGUUGCUCCCCAGAGGGUGUGGAGCCUUCUUGGCCCUUGGGGUAAUUGCUUCUGCACUCCGCAGCUGUUCCCAGCUGAAUGACAGCCCAUCGCUCUGAUUCAGAAGGAGGCACCUGUGUCCCUUCCUAGAUGCUGCACUUCUGUGUUCCCUCCCUGUCUCUGAGCCCUUGGCUUGCUUCACGUUACGCUUAAUUUCAGUCUGCUUCUAGACGUUGGGGGCUGGGGGGGUAGGUUGGAUCACGGCUGAGGCAGGGGUUCGUGAGGGAGCGGGAGCUUUGGCCUGCUUGGAGUGUCUCCGGCACUCCCCUUGGGACUGUCUGGUGCGUGCGCAUCUCCUCUCCAGGCCCACUUACACAGGGACUGCAGGGUGGUGGCAUUUCCCUGCCCUUGUUUUGCUUUCCAGGCACCUCUUCUGCUUGGCCAGCACCAUGGCCUGCGCAUGUUGCAGUCCCUUGCCACCCUCUCUCCUCCUGGGGCUGCAGCAGCUGGGCCGGCCCAGGCCAGUGGGCAGAUUGAGUUGGGGGUCUUAGGUUUUUGUGUGUUUUUUGCAUGGUGUGGGUGGGAUGGGAAAGGCUGUCUUCUGGCCAUUUCUUUGAGCCCCGUCCUGGAUGAUGUGCCUUGGUCUGAGUCUGCUGCAAGGAGCCCCCAGCUGCGGAAGAAGAGUCCCCGCUCCUCUGCUUCUGUGGGAAGCAGUAGGGGUAUCUGGGUCCCCGCGUGAAAUCUUGACAGCCGUCUGUUGGGGUGAGGUGGGAUUCCUGCAUGUUGUCAAGUGUUGCAAGAAGUCUGCACCGUUAAAACCUUUGACCAGGCCCCACCACGAAAAGCCUGUGAGCGCUGAAAGCCCGGGGUUGACAAAGCACCUUCCGCUUCCAAAGAACGCAGCCCUGGGAUUUUGUUGAAAGGAGAGGGAGAAAGCCACAAGGUUGUUGAAUUGCCCCCAGCCCUCUGCUCCUGUGGCCAGUGCUGCUGGGCUUGUGGCCCCUCUGCAGUGAGAGCUGUUCGGGUCCCGGAGGUGAUGGCUUGGUGGGGGUCUCACGAGAGACUGCAACGUCGAGGAGUGAGCCCCCCCCCAGCAGGACCCCAGCUGCAACGGCUGCUCCUAGCGCUUUGGCCAAGCCUGGCUCCCUCCCUUUCUCAGGAAGGCUCCUUUCUCCAGUGGGAACGUGCCGAGGGCCGGGAGCUCUUUCCUAAAAGCCUCCUGUGCGCUGGUCCACGUUUGCGCGUGUCCCGAGGGCUCCGGGCUUUGAAAGCCAUCCAGGACGAUGCUCGGUUCCAGACGAUGGCAAGCCGCGUCAGUCUGGAGGAGUUUGUUAGGUGAGAAAUCCUUGCUGGUUCGUUGACGAAGGAAAGCAAAACCAAGGGUAGAAUUGCAGGGAUGACUUAGGGCUUCUUCCUGUUAGCAGCUACUUCUGAUAAUGGCUGACCUCACCCCUGAUGCAGGGAGGGCGGGUGCUCUGAGUCGGGGGAUUUCUCCUCCCUGCCCCCCUCCUAGUUUUAUAGUCACAUAAUGGGGAUUUGAGCAUCUGAUCGGGAGCUGGGGUCUGCUGCUGUUUUCUGCUAGGAUAUAGGAGCUGGUGCUUCUUGUGUGCUGCACCGGUAGAUCUAGGAAUGUUUCACUUCCUCUCCGUCUUUCUUCCAGCUGAGCCCCCCUUUCCCCCUCCCCCCAAAAGAGCAAGAGGAAAAGGGGACCUUGUUUGGGUUUUAUUUUUAAGUGUCAUGUUUACCUUUGUUAUUUAUUACUUUCUGUGUCAGGGCAGAAACGCGGUCACUUUGUGUGUCCCUGCGCUUGCUACCCCAACUUAGUUGCUUCCGCAGAUCCUCUCUUUGGUUCUGGUUUGAUUCCCUUCAGCUUUGUGGAAGGACGGGACGGGUUCUUCGGAUAAAGGGUUGCUUUCAGCCCAGAGUUGAACAGCUGAUAGUUAGAAGCAGUUUAUAACCCAGAUCUUCUAGUUCAUUUUUUUUCUUUAAAUGCAAACAUUCCUUUCAACUUGAAGGCUGUGAAACUGAUUCUCCUACAUAAAAUGUUUUUUCUUCCUUUUACAAAUGUCAGAAUGGUGAUGCCUUUUUCUUUUGAAGCAGUAGGUGUAUGCUAACUAAGCAGC